AAAUAGUUGCUCCACGAUUCGUGGUCCAGCCUCCAGUUUACGUAGCAGGUUACGAAGACUGGAAUACAACCAUCACAUGCAAUAUAUUUGGGUUUCCUCCUCCGCGGAUCGAGUGGACACGAGCACUGCAAGCCAUGCCUAAGGGACGCCACGUAACCACUAACAACAGACUUGUUAUCACGAAUACAAAGAGACACGAUAAGGGACCCUACAUGUGCAGGGGCAUUAAUAACCAAGGAAACGUGUUUGCCAUGGUAGUGCUAAAUGUUUAUUCUGUCAUUACUCCAGUCAUUGUGCAAACAUCGCCUAAUAACGUGACCGUAGAUAAAGUCAUGAGCCGAGUCAAAUUAAACUGUUCGGCUACUGGAUCACCGCUUCCAACGAUCGAGUGGAGCAAAGAUGACCGACCUUUAUCUGUUAGCACUACAGUUCGCCAAACCAAUAAAGAAACUAUAGGCGAAUUGGUUAUUGAUUCGUUCAUGCCUCGAGACCAAGGACGAUACAAAUGCUUUUUUAGAAACUACGAAAAUGGAACGGCCGAAACUGAAAUACAAGUCUCACUAAUGAGCUGUGGCGAUCCUGGAAAACCAUUGAAUGGCUAUCGCACUGGCAAUGAGUUCUGGGCUGGGAAU